UCCCCCCUCCCUCCUCCAACCCAAAGAAAAGAAAACAGCGGCGCGGCCACGGGACGCCGCCUCCUCCGCCGCCGCAGUUUCCCAUCCCCCUAUCUAGUUUUGCAACUCGCCUCCCCUCCGGCCGCCGCGUCCCCCGUAUCUGUCCGCUCCCUCGCCAACGACACCGGCCGGCGGCAUACAGGAUGAUGCCACAACCACAACAAAGGACCAUAUGUGGGGCUCCUGCUCUUCAAUAAUAUUUCUAAUUUCAGCAUUGGACCUGAUUGCCACCCAAGCCAAGCCUCGCUUCAACCAAUCCACCCCUGCUUCCACUCUGCUCUUUUCAUCUUCUCUUAUUUAAGCUAAGAAAGAUUCUGAGUUUGCUUGCAUCCAUCUCAUUACACUAGCUACCCAGCACUAUAUAAAAAUAGUUUGUUAAGGCAACUCUACCAUAUAUCAAUCAAUUUCCCCUAGCACAAUGGAGAUGCCGCCGCUCCCUCCUGGAUACCGCUUCCACCCAACUGACGUCGAGCUCACCCUCUACUAUCUCAAGAGGAAGCUGCUGGGCAAAAAGUUGCUCUGCAACGCCGUUGCAGAAGUUGAUAUCUACAAGCAUGCCCCCUGGGAUCUUCCAGCAAAAUCGUCAAUGCCGACCGGGGAUCUCCAGUGGUACUUCUUUUGCACCCGUGGCAGAAAGUACUCUGUUGGGCAUAGAGCUAACCGUUCAACCGAAGGUGGCUACUGGAAGGCUACUGGAAAGGACAGGCAAGUGGUGUAUGAAAAUCGCACUGUUGGCAUGAAGAGGACCCUGGUGUUUCACUCUGGCAAGGCGCCCAAGGGUACAAGGACCGACUGGGUCAUGUAUGAAUAUAGGCUCGUCCAAGGUGAAAUACCUGACGCUGGUGUUAGACUGGAUGAUUCCGUUCUCUGCAAAGUCCAUAAGAAAAGCGGUCCAGGUCCCAAGAUUGGGGAACAGUAUGGCGCUCCAUUUGAGGAACAGGAAGAGGAAUUGAAUGAUGCGAAUGGGGACGCUUCCUGUUUAUCCCCCGCUGCGCCCCAUUCCGCCCCUGGACCAAGCCAUGGUGGUGUGCUGAACUCUGCGGGUCAGCAACUUAGUAACGGCGGUGGGGUUUCCCUGAGCCUUUUGGCAGCAAAUAAUGGCGGCACCAGUGGUGCCCGUCCUGACAGGGCCUCUCACCCAGAUGUUAACUGGGACAGCAUACAUGUAGAGCAGCUAGCUGAUAUCAUCGGUCGUCUCUCGACGAAUCCUGAAGGCCAACAUGGCCCAUCGUCUGAUUUGACGACCGCUAACCAAGACAGCGAAACUAUAUUUGACAUAACGGGGCAGGUCAUCCCUUGUUCACUGGAGAGCAGCCUGUGCAAGCAGUGUGACGAGUGCGGUGUGCGGCUGGCUGACCCUUUGCUGGAACCGGCGGCUGGUGAGCCGUACAUGGAGCUGAAUGACCUGUUGUCGCGGUGCCAUGCUGCCCGGCAGGUUGCAGAUGGCAGCAGCAGCCAGGUGGUGGUGGUGUCGAAUGGUGAGGGCCCUGUGUUGGAUCUGGAGCUGAAGCUUGGGGUUGAGUCCUCUGACAGCGUUGGGCAAAGUAGCGGCGCCGUGUCUGCGGCGGCUUCUGGAUCGGGGGCCCCGUCUAGCUAGAAGAAGUGGUGGUCUCUCUAGCUCAGGGGUGGCAUGGGUAGGUUCUUGAUUGGCGUGAGACGGUGAAGGAACCGUUUUAAUUUUAUUGGUUCCGAUGAUAUAUAUGGAAGGAGAAUGUGUGAAUAUUGGGAGGGUCCCUUUCCCUCCCUUGAGUUUGUUAAGUGAUUGAAUUGGAUGGAGAAGCAUUGGUUGGUUGGAUGGAGAAGUAAAAAGUUUUGCAUUUCAUUAGGUUAGAUUAGAUUAGAUGAUUCCUCUGGGCUGGGCUGGGCUGGGCUGAGCUGACUGUAACAGCAGUGAGUCAGUCUAGACUCUAGAGUGGAUUAAUCAAUCCGAUUAGGUUGACUCUUGACUGUUUAAUUGUCUGUUGGUUGUAUGGUUGUAUGUACCUUACCUGUCCUGACCUGAGACUGAGACAUGAUGAUGAAUUGAUGUUUAGGCAAACAAACAAAUUUUGCUUGCUUGCUUG